GACACACUCGUCCAACUCUUGUGAUGGUAAACAAGAAACACUGCGACUUGAACUUUUAUAUGGGAACUGCACGUAUCCCGAGGAACUUUUAUAUAAUAUAGUGCAAAUAUGUCUCAGAUAGGACCUGGCAAUGGGCAGUGCAAGGGUAAAGAUGAAAAGGUCAACAAUUUCUUCAGUGAAGAUAGUGACCAGUUGACGCACGGAAUGGAGGACAUUAUUACUGUUCAGUACCAAUUGCCAGAUUCAUAUUGUUACGAGUCAGCAAUAUUUUUUGAUAAGCAUCCUUAUGAUCGACCCUUGUUGCACAAAAUGGUGAAAGAGUGGCAUGCUGAAAUUCUUCAGAAGAGAAUGGUAAUAAAGAAAAAGAAUGAAGAAGCCAUAGCUUCAAGUCGGACAAGGAAUGAAAGUCUUUGUAGUGUUGAUUCAGUUACAGUCAGUGGAGAUAGUCAGGAAAUUACAUGGGAUUCAGGUCAGGACUUCAGUGAAGAUAACCAAGAUUUAAUUGAAGAUUCAUAUGGAUUAGAUUUUGAGAAAAACUCCAGUGAUACAUUGCAUCUAGCUGAAACUUCACCUAAGGUUUGCAACAAGGCACCAUUAACCUCAGUCCAAGAAGGGGAUGCACAUUCGAGUCCAUCCUCUGCAUGGCAGGACCAUGCACUUCCGACCACUGCCACUUUGCAUCAGCACUCUGAUACCAUUUUGUCAUCUCUUGCUAACUCACAAAUGAACAUUUCUGUGCCUGAGUUAACAGUCGCAGUUUCAUUGCAGCCAACAAACACUUCAUGUUUUUCUAAUUCUCCCUUACCUGAUUUUGAAUUAAUUCAAAAUAAAGACUUCAUAACAUCUUUUGGGACCCAGAAGUUGAAGAACACAGAUAUUGAAUCAUUGCCAUUGUCAGUUUUAGACUCAAAGCAUUUAGCUAAAAACUCUGGGCCUACUUUAUCAUCACUUGCAGCAACACAUUUGGAGAGCUCUGGGCCCACUUCAUCAUCACUUGCAGCAGCACACCUGGAGAGCUCUGGGCCCACUUUAUCAUCACUUGCAGCAACACACUUGGAAAACUCUGGGCCCACUUUAUCAUCACUUGCAGCAACACACUUGGAAAACUCUGGGCCCACUUUAUCAUCACUUGCAGCAACACACUUGGAAAACUCUGGGCCCACUUUAUCAUCACUUGCAGCAACACAUUUGGAGAGCUCUGGGCCCACUUUAUCAUCACUUGCAGCAACACAUUUGGAGAGCUCUGGGCCCACUUUAUCAUCACUUGCAGCAACACAUUUGGAGAGCUCUGGGCCCACUUUAUCAUCACUUGCAGCAACACAUUUGGAAAACUCUGGGCCCACUUUAUCAUCACUUGCAGCAACACACUUGGAAAACUCUGGGCCCACUUUAUCAUCACUUGCAGCAACACACUUGGAAAACUCUGGGGCCACUUUAUCAUCUCUUGCAACAACACACCUGGAGAGCACUGGACCCACUUUAUCAUCACUUGCAGCAACACAUUUGGAGAGCUCUGGGCCCACUUUAUCAUCACUUGCAGCAACACACCUGGAGAAAUCUGGGUCCACUUUAUCAUCACUUGCAGCAACACAUUUGGAGAGCUCUGGGCCCACUUUAUCAUCACUUGCAGGAACACACUUGGAAAACUCUGGGCCCACUUUAUCAUCACUUGCAGGAACACACUUGGAAAACUCUGGGCCCACUUUAUCAUCACUUGCAGGAACACACUUGGAAAACUCUGGGCCCACUUUAUCAUCACUUGCAGGAACACACUUGGAAAACUCUGGGCCCACUUUAUCAUCACUUGCAGCAACACAUUUGGAGAGCUCUGGGCCCACUUUAUCAUCACUUGCAGCAACACAUUUUGUGAACUCUGGGCCCACUUUAUCAUCACUUGCAACAACACACCUGGAGAGCACUGGACCCACUUUAUCAUCACUUGCAGCAACACACUUGGAGAGCUCUGGGCCCACUUUAUCAUCACUUGCAGCAACACAUUUGGAGAGCUCUGGGUCCACUUUAUCAUCACUUGCAGGAACACACUUGGACAACUCUGGGCCCACUUUAUCAUCACUUGCAGCAACACACCUGGAGAGCUCUAGUUCCACUUUAUCAUCACUUGCAGCAACACACCUGGAGUGCUCUAGGCCCACUUUAUCAUCACUUGCAGCAGAUCAUUUGAAAAAUUCUGGGUUAAAUUUAUUAACCCUUCCAGGAACAGGGAUUAGGAACUCCAUCCCAAAUUUACCACUGUCAUCUACAAACAAGAACACUGGGUUCAGUGUCUCGCAUAAUGCAGGCAGGAAGAACUCAGGACCCAGCUUGUCAUCACUGGCAGCAGAAUACAUGAGUAGCUCGGAAUCUAGUUUGUCUUCACUUACAAAUUCUUACCUGAGCAACUUUGGGCAGACCAUCACACCUCUUGUCAGUUCAUCACUGGAUAGCUUUAGCCCAGACUUAUCUUCAUUAGCUGCCUCAUAUUUGGCAAAUUCAAGUUUAAAUCUGGGACCAUCAUCUUCCUUAUCUUCUGUAGCUGUAACAAACCCCAAAGUAAUUGGUUCACAUAAAGACAAGAAUGUUUUUGAAACUUCUGGCUACAUUACAGAGAAUCAGUGUCUUGCUAGUCUAACAGACUUACACCUUCCAGGUAACGUACUUUCCACUGUAAGCAUUCCUGAUCAAGAAAAUGCCUACCCAUCUAUUCAGUCAGGUAUGCCAUCAGCUGACAUUAAUUGCCUGCCAUCUUCUCUUGAUUUAAAUAUGUCUGAAAAAUUGCAGUUUCCUCAUAAGUCUACCUUUGUUCUGAAUUAUCGGGCCUUACAGCCUCCUCUUGGACUCAAGGUGCCACCAGGUUUCAAACUCCAACCAAGUCUGAAAUCUCCUGACUUGCCACCCCCACCAGGCCUUCCUCCCCCACCAGGUCUUCCACCCCCACCUGGUAUAUUACCUACACCUAGUUUUUCAUCCCCAUUUCACAUCUCACAGUCACCUAGUUUACUUCCUCCAGCUUAUUUGCUCUCCCAUCCCAGUCUUUCCCAACCUGAUCAACUCUCCCAGGUAAAUAUGCAUUGCCAACUUGAUCUGUUACCCGAUAAGUUUCUGUCAUUGCCAGUAAAGCCGUCAUCUGAAUCAAAAGAUUCCUCAAACCCUCAGUAUUAUUCACAUUGUAUUCCUGACACCCAUUAUUCUGAGAAGGAGAACCUGGAAAUGGUGUUUCAAAUGGAUGGAGUAGAAGAAGACAUGACUCCUGAUAUUGAUUUGCAAGCUGCCCUCAUGAAGCCACCUGAAGAAAGUAUCCCAGCAGCUAUAAGUGAGAGAAGCAAGGAUAUCUCAGUAACCAUAGAAAAUGAUCAUUUUAUGAUUGACUCAUCAAUAAGCAAACCAUGUCCAUCUACCUUUGGCCAGGUAAUGAUAAGAAUACCUUACUCGCCUAAUGUAAAGAGGCUUAAUGAAAAAACCAUUUGUGUUCCAUUCCGCAUAUUUAGGUUUGAUUGCCCCUCUCCAGAUGAGCUAGUGCGGGAAGCUUUGCAAAACCACCGAAAUCCUGCAUGGUACAAACUGGCAACUAGGGAGAGACAAAAUAGAAGAUAGAUUUUUUACAUUUUUAUUUUAUUUUUUAUGGCUUUUCUCUUAAAUGUGUGUGAUAGUUUGAUGUAGUUAAUCUUGUAAGUAAAAACUGAAUGACAAAUGUGAAGACAGUGUGUCCACAGUUUUCCACUGAUAGUCACUAUUUGCAUAAUUUGCAAAAAAAAAAAAAAAAAUCAAUAAAUGGUGCAAACAAGUAACACAUUGCAGAUACGUAGUUUUUAUUUUUAAAUUAUAACAAAUUUCAAUCUUGUCUCGAUGAUUGGUUUUUAACAUACUUGAAAAAUUUCUAGACAUGAUAGCUCACUCUGGUCAGUGGUCCAGUACACUGCACAUAUUAUGAGUUUUGCCAGUUGUGUAUAUAAUGUACAUUGUUAUUUCAUCAUAGGCAAUUGUUGUAAAUACAGUACUUUAUAUAUUAUCAUAGCAGUUUGAAGUGAAAUAAAAACUUUUUUAAUCUGAUGAAAGUGAAAAAGGUGGUGAUAAACAUGACAAAAACAACAGCAAAAUAAUUUAAUGAUCAACAAAAUUCUUGCAUAUCUCAUAUCAUAUUUAAAGGGAAGGAAAGUGUAUAAUAUUUCAUGUACAAAUUUUGUGAUUGCAUAGUUUUUAAUAAUCGUUGCUGUAUGUUUAGAAAAAAAUGAAUAAUCUUGGCUGUAUCUUUUUUUACUUGAUUAACAUCACAUUAUGAAUGUAAUGUAUUUAUUGAAAAUUUGAUCUUAUCCCUAUUUUAGUUCCUGAUGACAGACCAGGUGAGCAGGUGUUGACACUAACAUUAACACCAAACAUCACUAUCACUUCUAGUACUCCACUAGUAUUUUCACAAAGUAAUGAGGUAUUAUUGUUAGAAAUACUCUAUGAGUUUACCACUGCCCCACCUACCUCCUUUCCCAUUCUUACUUUACUCCGUCUUUAUUUCCCAACAGUGUCUUGACACUGCCAUUAGCAUUGACGUACAAAGCAAACUAACAAAACAAAAGUUUAUUUCUCUGCAAAGGUUACAGUGUGUGUUUACAUUUCAUAAUUUAAUUCGUACAAAGAAAGCGACUAUCAUGCUGGGGCAUUUCGGGAAGACUUAACCUAAUACUUAAAGACUACUUAAGUCUAGACAGGUAAAAGAGAGGUAAAUUUCAAAUGUUCAGUAUUGUACAUACACACAUGGGCUUUGUCGCUUCUUCUGUCU